AUGCUUUCAUUUUUUUCUAUAUUUUUUGUUCUCUUUUUCUUUUUUUCUUUUCUUUUUUCUCUAUUACUUUUCCUUACUUUCGUUUUUUUAUUAUUUUUUUCAUUCCUCCAUUUUUUCAAAUGCUAUCUUUUCUUUUCUUUUUCUUUUAUCUAUUUAUUUGUUUAUUUUAAUUUCUCACUUUUUCUUCACUUUUAUUUUUUUCCCAUUAUAUUUCUCAUUCUUUCUAUUUUUUUUUUUUUCUUUCUUUUUAUAAUAUUUAUUUCGUUUUUCCGUCCUUUCUUUCCUCUAAUUAUAUUUACUUCUUCUUCCUUAUUUCUUACCGUCAUUUCUUUCUUUUUUUUCUUUCUUUCUGUUAAUUUUUUCUUUCCAAUUUCUUUAUUUCUUAAUACGUCUUAUGUUUUCACUUUCUUCCUCCUAAUAAAAUUUCUUCUUUUUUCCUUUCCCGCCAAUAUCCGACUUCUCUUACCGCCCUUUUUCAUUCACCAAUUUCAAAUUAUACCUCUCUUUCUACUUCCUUAUUUUAUAACUUUUUCCUAUAUUUCGUAUUUUCCAACUGUUUUUAUCAUCUCCCUUUCUUUCUUUCUUUCUUUCUUUCUUUCUUUUCUUUCUUUCUUUUUCCUGUUGAAUUUUCUUUCAUCUUUCUUUCUUUCCCUUCUUUCUUCUAAUAUUUUUCUUUACCUCAUCUUUCACUUUAUCCGCUUAUUCAUUCUUUUAUUUUAUUUCAAAUUUUCUUCCUCCGAAUAUUUUUUCCUUUCCCGCCAAUUUUAA